GAACUUCAUUUGACAGCAAGCAGUGGUUGGUUGAACGUCAUACACUCUCCCUCCUCCUUGUUAAAUGUGCGGAAUUCAGUCUUUAUUCAGUCAAAAAUAGCCGCACUGGAAUGCCGGUGGUAUAACGUUUUAAGGGAAAAACAAUACCCGCUCUCAUUCCAAUUUUAUCCAGAGAGCCAAUUUCUUAAGUGCUUUUAGAUGGCAGAAGAGGUUUUGAUAGAACCUAAUGGGAAAAGUAGAGGGCAUUUAACCUCAUCCCUGUUGGCGGUAGCGUUCCUCUCUUCCUUUGGGAGCUCCAUGCUGUAUGGUUAUAACCUGGCUGUUGUUAAUUCUCCUGCAGAGUACAUAAAGGACUUUUAUAACCAAACCAUUGUGAGGAGGAAUGGGUCAGGAGUGGAUAAAGAGACUCUCACACUUCUUUAUUCCGUCACUGUGUCAAUAUUUGCCAUUGGAGGCCUGGUGGGCUCUCUUACAGUGGGGAUGCAAGUUACCAGAUUUGGGAGGAGAGGGACACUGGUACACAGCACAGUUCUGGUGUUUAUCGCCGGCGUGCUGAUGGGCUUCAGCCGAUUAUGUGGAUCUCCAGAGAUGAUCAUCAUCGGACGCUUCAUUAUAGGGAUACACUCAGGGAUUGCUCUCAGCGUAGUGCCCAUGUAUCUGGGAGAAAUUGCUCCAAAGAAUCUCCGGGGCUUCCUAGGACUUGUGCCCAGCAUCUUCAUCUGCAUAGGAGUGUUUAUCGCUCAGAUUCUGGGACUUCAUGAACUCUUGGGCAAGGAAGAGCACUGGCCUCUGUUCCUCUCUCUAGUUGUGGUGCCUACAUUCAUACAGCUUAUGCUGUUGCCAUGGUUCCCAGAGAGUCCCAGAUAUCUGUUGAUGGAAAAGCGGAACAUUCAUGCCACUAUCACAGCUCUGAAGUGGUACCGUCCCAAAUCUAACAUCCAAGCUGAGUUGGAGGAGAUGCAGGAAGAGCAGCGCUCUUUGUCCUCAGUAGAGACUGUCUCAGUAUUGCAGCUCUUCAGGGAUCCGUCUGUUCGCUGGCAGCUUGUUACAGUCCUUGUGGUGAAUGCUGGCAUGCAGCUGUCUGGAAUCGAUGCGAUUUGGUUCUACACCAAUGCCAUCUUUGAGAAUGCGGGUAUCCCUGCUCAGCAGAUUCAGUACACAACCGUGGGCACUGGAGCCAUAGAGGUCAUCGCUGGACUCAUAGGGUGCUUUACUAUUGAGCGUGUGGGUAGGAGGCCUCUGAUGAUUGGUGGCUUCAGCUUUAUGGGUUUGUGCUGCGCUGGAAUCACUUUCUCCCUACUAUUACAGGCUCACGUGCCCUUCAUGCGAUAUGUCAGUGUGGCCUGCGUGGUUGGAAUCAUCGCAGGAUUCUGCAUUGGUCCUGCUGGUGUCCCGUUUCUGAUGACAGGAGAGCUCUUUAAACAAUCCCAUCGAUCUUCUGCCUACAUUGUAGGAGGAUUUUUCAACUGGAUAUCAAACUUUACCGUGGGAUUUGUCUUUCCAUUCCUUCAGAUGUCAGCCGGUGCGUUCUGUUAUCUGGUGUUCUGUGGUGUGUGUGUGGGGGUUGCAGCCUACGUUUUCUUCAUCAUCCCUGAAACAAAGAACAAAACCUUUGUGGAGAUCAGUCAGAUGUUCGAUUUAAGAAACGCUUGUGAAAAGGAAAACCAGCCGCUGGGAAUCACUGACCAACUCGGGCUCAAAAAAAUGAAUGGGUAUGGUGCACUUGAGCCUGGAGAUAUGGACAAAAUGGACAAGACUGAGAAAUAGUGGUGAAGAAAGAGGGCAGUAUUGUUAGUAUGCUGUGUUCAGGUGCUACAAACCACUCUUCUGUGCACUGCCAGAAUGUGAUAUUUUCCUGAAUUAUCUUGUCUCAUUAGAUCCUUUACAAAAGCACCAUUAAACUAGCCCAUAUGACAAGUAGCCUGCUAUGGAGCUUUUAUGUCCAAGUCUUCUGAAGCCAUACAAUAGUUUGUGUAAUGAACAGACUAAAAAUAGAGCUUAUGCAUUCACUGGAAAUCAACAAAAUCUCAUAUUAUUGCUCAGCUAGUAACCAUAUUCAAAACUCUCCUGUAGAUUGUGUAAUGUAAUUAACUGCAUUUUUCUCAAGAAGGAUUGCAGCACAUUCAAACUGGAACUUCCUGAGGGCUUCAGUUUCGGUUUGUUCCCCACACAGAGCUUUCGUUGGCCUUCAGAAGUCUAAGAAUAUAGAGCACAUGCUAUAGACUACAGUACAGUUAAAAAAUUAGGGGUUGGUAAGAUUUUUUUAUGCUUUUGAUAGAGGUUUCUUCUGCUCACCAAGGCUGCAUUAAC